AUGCACGGGUUAAAGCGAACUUUUCUCAUCAGAACAGUGUGCCGCGGAAAAGCUUCAACUGCGGCAGAUCUUCCACAGUCAUCACAGGAUCUUGAACAAGCCAAUCAGGAAGAAACUCCUGUCAAAACAGCCAAUGCUUCAACUGUAUAUCGUCCACCGUAUUAUCGUAAACCACAUAAACAUCAUGAACCGAAGCACAUGCUUCAAGAAGAGUUCACGAAUGCUGGCGAUGCAUCAGGUGCCGGUGUUCGUCUUUUCGACUACUAUAAAACUGCGGAAAUGGUGAAUUCGAUGCCAACAAUCAAAGAGAAGAUCGAUCUCGUGUCACCGUACGAAAGACCAUGGACCCGGGCAGAGAAGACAUGGCGAAGAGAUUGGCAUCCUACUCUGAUGGCAACACGUAAAGCAUGGGGAAUCCCACCAACUCCAGCCCAUUUCGAUACUUUAGAUUAUUAUAAAUACCUGACAAAAACUAGAGUAGAAAACAAAUCAUUGGACGAUUUUUAUCAGGGUUUGAGGCCGCCGACAGCCGAUCUACAAAACAGUUUCCAGAACACAAUGAAGUCAAUGAAUUUCGGAGAUGGUAUCAAUUUUUCCGACGAGGAUACACAGAAACUUUUUGGAAGUCUCAUUGAUGAUGCUAUGGGAGGAAUCGCUCAUAACGUAUCACGACUUUCUGACCACCGUGUUGCUUACGACGUUGAAUCAGAAGCAUUUUGGAUAAGAAGUGGAUUCAUGUUCUUGUACGAUGAGUUAGACAUCUCAACGAAAAAGGAUACGAGAAGACUGAAUAACUUCCCCAAAUACAUUGGAGACGAUCGCAGAAAACUUGGAGAACUUGCUUUCGUUCACCGAGAUAAACUGGCAGCGCAAGUUAGAUCGAAAGAGCCAUCAGCACCUCUAUUCUCAUUGGACUCUGAGGAUGCGAAACUUCUAGUUUUUGAUGCAGAUAACAACAUUCAGGAAACAUUAUUCUCUCCAAAAGUAUACAAUUUGUGGCCGGAUCAAGAACCAUUGUGGCAGUGUCCAGGAUACCACGCAGAUUCUGGAGAAACUCACACAUACGGCGUACUUAGUGUAAAAUCACUCAGACCUUUGAGAAAGAGAAUCUCGCAUUGGAUGGGAUGGGAGAACGAGAAUGAGCUGGAUGACUGUGAAGAAGCGAAACAAAUGCUCGACGAUGGUGCCCGAUCUCAAGCUGUCAUUAGCAUGUUCUCCACUCUCUGUGCUCAAGCUCAUACUCAUGGAUUCACCCAAUACACUGAUAUCACCCGCCCGUUCACUUCACAAAUGAUCCUUUCCGAUGGUUUGAACUUUUACUUUGCCGUCGGACAACUGAACACAUUGGCAAUAAAUGUUGAAUGCGACGGAUUUGUCAAUCCACGAACAAACUUUAUCCAAAUCGAAGGACCACACCGCUUGUUCGAUCACUAUGACCCGAAGGAAGGAGAUUAUCAAAGUGUGCGAGAGGAUCUUGACGUGGAGAACAAGGUUCAGAGACGGGUUGCUUCUGGAUUGAAUGAGAAAGUUCUGGAACGCGUAACUCAAAUGCUGAUGAAGCAAUAG